AUGGAAGAACUCGUACCUGAUAUUCAUUUAUUAAAUAAAGCUAGGUUUGAGAAUGAUACUAAAGAAAUUGCACAAUUAUUAAAGAGACUUGGUCAACAAAUUUGGCAAAAAUUUAUUAAAAAAAACGAGAUUACUUUAAAAAUUGCGGACCUUUGUUUGACUGUUUAUAAGAUUUAUAAAGCUGCCAACAAAAUUUCUAAAGAAAAUAUAAUAACAAACCAAGAGAUAUUAGAAUUAAAGGAUUUCUUAUUUAAAGAAGUGUUAAAAUCUAAUAAUGAUUUAACAGAUUUUUUUACUUACAUUGAUAAACUUUAUGAAUCACUCAGAGAAAUUCAAUGCAAACAAGCAAGAACAAUUAUUCAUCAAACCCAGGAGAAAACGAGGAAAUCUGAAAAAGUCGAUGCAAUUAAGGAAGGAUUUCGAGAACUUAACUUAUCAUUGCGUAAACUACUUAGUGAUAUCAUACAUCGUGCUAUCGAUGUUCUUGGAGAUAACAAUCUUGACCAAAAAAAUUUUGCAGUAUUGCUAUUGGGAUCAUGGGCAAAAGGCACUGCUACUCCAUAUUCAGAUAUAGAGUUUUGUGUUUUAGUUAAUGAUCCUGAUCCGAAAUUAAAAGAAGCUUUACGCCGGAUGGUAUAUAUAAUGAACUUUAUUGUAAUCAGCUUAGGGCAAACUGCACUUCCUUUUAAUUUAUUCCAAGUAGAAAAUGAGACGAAUGGUAUCGAUUUUGAUAUUUUAAUGAAACCAGGUUUCCAAUUUGAUUUAGGAGGAAAGACACCGCUCGGACGCUUUGAUAAAGAUUAUGAUUUAAUUCAAACCCCUCAACAUAUAGCUAACUACAUUGAUCUUAAUACAUUCGAUCGGGACCCUUUAUUAGUUGCUGAAUUAAUUGAUUGUCAAUACUUUUUCGGAAAUAAAACAUUAUAUGAAGAUUAUAAAGAAAUGAUUGAUAAAAAGUUACAUCAAAAAGAGACAGAUCAUUCAUCUUUCCAUAAAAGUGUGGCCAAAGUUUUGCUGUUAACUGGUACGAAAAACUUACAAGCUGAUUUAGACAAAUAUAAAAUUAAUGUUGAUAAAGUAAGUCACGAAGGGAGAUUAUUAAACAUUAAAACUGAAAUUUACCGAUUGCCAGAUAGAUUGAUUGAAGGUUUACGAUUAAUUUUUGCGACACCUGGAAAUAUAUUAUGGGACAAAAUUUCAGGAUUACUAAAAAGUAAUAUUAUCAAUGAGGAAGGAGCUACAAACUUGGAAUUUAUGACGGCUAUAGCAUUACAAUCACGUCUUUUCACCUACAUUACAAAUGAUAGUCAAAGUGAAAAAUUUAGUAUCUGGGACACGAAAAUGACUCCAAAUAGUGCAGAAGUUGAAAAUUUUUUUGGUAUAGAUGAUAUUGCUAACUUGGUAAAGUUCUAUCAAAUUGCAAUACCACUUUAUCGAUUUGUACAAACCAGUAUUAAUACGGAAGAUAAAAAUAAAAUUAAUACAACUGAAACAUUCUUAGAUGAAAGUUUUGUGACAAAAGCAACCAUUUGUUUCCGAUUUAUGCUUUAUAGGGAAGCUGAACUAUUACUGCUUGAAGCACAAAGAUCAGGGUCUAAAGAUGUAUAUUUUUGGUUGUUUCGUCUCUAUUCACAUUUAGGAAAGCCACAAUUAGCCUACGAAUAUUAUGAAAAACAUAUAGAAAAUAAACCAAUGGAUGUGGAUGAUCUUUUCAAUUUAGGUCAUCUAAAAUUAUCCUUAGAAGACCAUAAAGGAGCUCUUGAAUUAUUUAACCGUAUACCAACUAAACUUGCGAUAAAUAAUAAAGCAAUAUCAAUGGAAUGUGUACAAGCUCAUUGUAAUAUUGCAAAUAUUGAAGGCUUAUUAGGCAAUAAGUCUUCUGAGCUAACUCACCUCGAAAAAGCUAAAGAAAUAGUUGAAUGUAUCCCUGAAAAACGUGAUCAUGUAAUGAUAGAUUUUUAUAUCAGUUUUGCAAAAUGGUUUUCGAGUCAACAUAAAUUUAGCCUUAGUGAACAGAAUUUUCAAAAAGCUCUUGAGUUUGCUAACAAUCUUUAUAAUAAGCAAGCGCAUGUUAAAUUAAUUGAUAUUUAUCAGCAAGCUGCAGAAAUUGCAGAACAAUUUAAUCAAUUAGAACAAGCUGUAAAAUAUAGAAAGUUGGUGAUCCAAGUAAUUAAUACUUUGUAUGUAAAUAGAACUGUAGGUCGAUUAUUAGAAUCUCAUCUUAAUCUCGCCAAUACUUAUCUAAUUAUGGAAAAAAUGGAUGAUGCUGAAAAGGAAUUAAAACAUGUUUCUUCAUCGCUAUACGCGAUAGAACACAAUUUUACAUAUGAUGCACUGUCCUUUAAACUCUCGCACGG